AUGAAGAAACAUGUCCCUAUGUUAUCUGAGAUCUACAAUCUUUUAGAUCAAGAUCACAGUCAACGAAGCAUCUUAACUGUUCCAAAUGCUUCUGCGUGCAACGUUGUUGUCCCUGAUCCUAUACCGGUCUCUGUUAACGCGACUCAGGUAGCUCACUAUCCUCAGAAGAUGAACAAACUUCUUUGUAGUCACUGUGGUUACACGGGUCAUACUGCUGAGACUUGUUUCAAAAUUCAUGGCUACCCUCCUGGUUUCAAGCACAAGUAUCAGAAAAAUGUUCUUGAGAAGCUGUCAUCUGCGAAGCCACAAUAUUCCAAACCUGUUGUUGCGCAAAUGUCAGUUCCCUCUGCGACUUCUGAAAACAUUUCUGAUACCUUGAAGCAGCUUUCUAAAGACAAUAUUCAGGGCGUUAUUGACUACUUCAACUCUCAGCUACAACCGUCUAUCAAUCAGCUCUCAACUACCGCUUCUACUUCUGGUGGUAUGAUAACUGCACUACCUGGUAUGGCCUUUUCUUCCUCGACGCUUCAUUUUGUUGGAGCUUUGCGAGCUACAGGACAUGUUCUUAACACAAAAUGA